UACGUACUUAGCGUUUUUGCUGCCAGUAUUCAGGGUAUUGUGGAGUAAGCAUUUCGUUCAUCACGCCAUGGGUUGGCUUAGUGUGCCAUCGCGAACCAUGGAAGCGCAUAGUGACAGAAUUCUCUCAUCACCGAGACCCACCGAAAGUCCAUCGGACUUUUGUAUGAAUUGAGCCUUCAACAUGCACUGCCCUCGAAAGGAACACAUCCCCUCGCUGAAGCAGCCAUCUCGGUCUCUCACACAACUCUACCGGUGUCCACCAUGGACGCUCCAACUCUCUUCAAAUUUUACACCACAAGUCUCAUUGCCUUCACAGCCUACAACAUGGAAGAUGAGAGUCCCAUCUGCGCCGUCUCAUAUCGCGAGGCUUUGAGUGACGUUCCGCAAGACGUCGUCGUCACGACCCCUUGUCGCCACACUUUUCACCGUGGCUGUCUCGACCCAUGGCUGAAGGACGGUCCCGGUGUUGUAGCUACAUGCCCCUGCUGUCGCAGAUAUCUUUGCAAACGACCUUUACCGGAUAGAGGGAUCGCUAUACGAUGUCUUGAUCCUGCUCUCUCGGACAACUGGGCGGAAGAGAAAUGGGAGGGAAUAUGGGUCAUGGAACGGCUGAUGAGCCCUGAGGUAACGGAAAUGCUUCACGGGUUCGUCGACCAGUUGUUCGUACACUUUUGCGACCGAGAAGAAGACGCGGCUGGAAGGUUACCAACAGGUCUUGCAUUGUAUGAUGUUUUCGAGCGAGCGUUUACUCAGUACAAAGACACGUUACGUGGCGUGUGUUUGCAGCGUUCCUUCGUUAUGAGUGAGGAGGCAAGGGUGCGUGAGGUGUCAACAAUGGUGUAUCCUGGCGGACCUGGACAAUACGUUGCAGUACGUACGAUCUUGAGGGCCAUCACGAAAUCCAUCAGGGAGAGGGGAUGGUACGAUCCUGCUGUCUUGAUUGUCCUUGAUCUGUUUCGGGAAUGGGAAGGGGAUGAGUCGAUGAAUAUUGUGUCGGCUUAUCGACGGGUCGGAUUUGUCGCGUUGGCGGACGGCGCGGAAGAGGAGGCAGAAAGAAGAAGUGGGGAAGCUUUUGGUGAUGAUAUGCUCGGCUCGUUGCGGACAUUCAGAUAAUCUCCAGGAAAGGUUGCAGAUCUUCGCGAUUUGUGUGGGGUUGUUGGUUUGUUGACGGUUGACCUUCAGCUCCCAAAUUAGCAAAUCAGUCCCCACCAUACCUAUAUUUGUUCGGAUCGACAUGCUGACUUCGCGUUGUCAUAUGGAGAGCGAUUUUGU